UCCUGUUGUCAUGUCUGCUGAACAUCGAUCACUCUGCUGUUUUGUUUAAGGGAGAUGGCGUCCAUGUCAUGGCAAAGAUAAUAAAAAUAAUUCAGAUUUUUGAAUGGAAAUCCUUAAUACUUAAAUAGCCUAACGGUGCAAUGAUGUUAGCAUCAAAAAAAUUUUUUUUUAAAUACCUGCAGCAAAAUACUCGUGAAUAAUCGUCUUAUUGGUGAUAUUUCAAGGGGCUCACAUUUUUCAGCUGCGGGAUUAGUCAAUCUUUUAUCUCGUCAUAUUUCAGCAUUGGUUUUGUUAUGCUUGGUGACUUAACGUCACUAUUAAACUUAAAUAAAUGCAAACUAAAGUAAUAAAAGCACUGAAGCCGUGCUGUACACGGUGUUCUCAGUCCUCUCUCCUCCCACCCAGUGUGAUCAUAUGACUGCAAACUCUUAAUCCACUUCCUCAAACUUUAAAACUACCAGUGUGUCUGUCCGGUCCAGCCAAAUCACGCUCAUUUUACAGCAAACCUCCCCCUGUGCAGGAAAGCAAAGCUGCUGAACGGCAGCGGUGGCUUCGUGUAGCACCAGGCCCGGCGCUGUGGUGUCUCAAUGGCAGACCUGAAGAUCAGAGCUGGUGCGACCAGAAGCCCACAGAGAGGAGGAGGACACUCCGCUGCCCUGUCCCUGGUCACGCUGCUGUCCGCGCUGCUCACCUGCCCUGUCAGGUGUGCGGAAAGCGACAAACCGAGCAACAUUAUCGUCGUGCUUGUCGACGACCAGGAUGUUCAGAUAGGUGGGAUGACACCAAUGAAGAAGGCAAAAGCCUAUAUAGGAGACGAAGGAGCGACAUUUGUGAACUCUUUCACAGUCACGCCACUGUGUUGCCCCAGCAGGAGCAGUAUUUUGACAGGUCGAUACCCUCACAAUCACGAGGUGAGAAACAACUCCCUCAAUGGGAACUGCUCCAGCCUUCAGUGGCAGAAAGGCCCCGAGGCAGAGGCCUUCCCCACUUACCUCAACAAACUGAAAUACCAGACGUUCUUUUCUGGGAAAUAUCUCAACCAGUAUGGUAGCAAAGCAGCAGGAAGUGUUGGCCAUAUUCCACCUGGCUGGGACCAGUGGCAUGCACUGGUGGGGAACUCUCAGUACUACAACUACACUCUGUCAGUCAAUGGGAAAGAAGAAAAGCACGGUGACAGUUACGAGGACGACUACCUCACAGACCUCAUACUGAACCGGUCUCUUCACUUCCUGGAUGACAGGAGCCCUCAACAUCCGUUCUUCCUGAUGCUGUCCCCUCCAGCUUGUCACUCCCCCUGGACUGCAGCGCCUCAGUACCAGAAAGAGUUCAAGGAUGUCCAGGCCCCUCGAGAUGGCAGCUUUAACAAGCCAGGGAAGGAUAAACACUGGCUGCUGCGCCAACCUCUUAAUCCGAUGCCAAACAGCUCAGUCACCUUCCUGGAUAAUGCAUACAGGAAAAGGUGGCAGACCCUGUUAUCUGUGGAUGACAUGGUGGAGAAGCUAGUGAAGAAACUUGACAGUAUAAAGGAGCUAAACAACACCUACAUCUUCUACACUUCAGAUAACGGCUAUCACACAGGUCAGUUCUCGCUGCCCAUUGAUAAGAGGCAGCUCUAUGAAUUUGACAUCAGGAUUCCGCUAAUGGUCCGCGGUCCUGGCAUAAAACCCAAGCAGGUGCUGCAGGCUCCAGUACUGAAUAUAGACCUGGCUCCCACCAUACUGGACAUAGCUGGGGUCAACCUGUCGUCUGUGAAUGUGGACGGGCAGUCUUUCCUCGCUCAGAUGGCUCCUUCAUUGCGUAAUGGCACCGCACGACCGUACUUCCUUGUAGAGUACACUGGAGAAGGACAGCCAACAUCAGACCCUACUUGCCCUAAAUUAGGCCCAGGAGUAUCUCAAUGUUUCCCAGACUGUGUUUGUGAAGACGCCUACAACAACACGUAUGCCUGUGUCAGAACUCUGGACAGCAAAAUGAACAUGCAGUACUGUGAAUUUGCAGACAGUGAGUCAUUUGUAGAAGUCUAUAACCUGACGUCGGACCCGCAUCAGCUGGAGAACAUCGUGAAGAAGGUGGAUCCCUCCAUCCUGCAGAUCAUGAACCAGCGACUCAUAAAGCUCCAGUCCUGCGUGAGUGACAGCUGCCGGGACUACAAGCAAAAAUAAGACCACCAAAGAAGCUGCCAAACGAUGACCACACCAAAGUCUGAAAGGAGGGUGGGAUCAGUUUGUCCAAAUUUUUACACAUAUUAGAUGAGAUUCUGACAGGAAAGAAAAACAUGGUUGAAAAAUAAAGUGACUGGUGGCUGUAUUUCACUUAACUGUGUCAGUUUCAGGGCCCAGAGUCAUUACUUUCUUUGGAAAUUUGCUCUUUUGAUGACAGGGACACAAAUUAUGCAACUUGUUUAUAUAUAUAUAUAUAUACAUACAUAUAUAUAUAUAUAUAUAUAUAUAUAUA